GCAUUGUCUUUACCAUGUACGAGAAGACCAUGGAAAUUCUGGACUGGGCCGACCCGAACAAGCGAUACAUAUGAGGACGGUGUUGAUUCGAUGAUACAUUCUCUUGUACAGACAUCUUUUCCGCGGUCAGCAAUGUCUUCGUCGUCUUACAACAUCAUCAGACUGGUGCAAAUGCCGAGGACACAUGCGCAUUCAAUAUGGCAUAUGUUUGCUGUACUUGUACCACGCCGACAGAGCCUAAGUGCACGUACAAUGGGCGCCAGGCUUCAUUGACCAGUGCUGCAUUUCCUAUACAUUAUAGAAGAAUCACAUGGCACAGGAUAACGUUAUUAAAGCACCAGAACACCGCCUCUUCCUCCUCUGUUCAACUUCGAACUUGCAGCACAUCCAGUUCUACGACUCAACAAUCAGAUCAUCACAUUAUUCUCGACAUGUGCCGCCGUAUAGGAGUAGAAUGGAAAUGUCGGCACCGUUGGUUUGCAUGGGUGCAUUGCGACAAUGCUCCAGCACAAGGCAAAUACGGCGAAGAAUGUUUACUUUCCGACGCAGACUCGAGAGACGCAGCACGACACGGGAGAGUGGAGAUCGACAGCGAGCACGUCUUGAACCUCCCGUGGCAUUGCGCUCCCGUAUGCUGCCAACACGCCAUCGAUUCAGAGACAGAGCGCGUGGCGGUAUUGAGGAAGGCCUACAACACUGCUCGCUGGGCCAUAUGCAGCAAGGAGGUUCUCGAUAUGCAUUUCAAGAACUUCAACGAAGCUUCGUCCAGGUUCGCCACGCACUGCGUGUGGAACUGCCUCUCACGAUUCAAGGAGAAAUUCUGGCGCUCGAACGGCAUGAGAGCCGAAAUGUACGACACAGCGGCCAUCGAGUUCGUGCCAUCCGUCAACGAACACCUUCAAGGGGACAAUUUAGGACUCAGUGGCGCGUCAAAUGCGUAUUUUCACAGCUUGAAAGUCCCGCCGAUGUUAUACACUUCCACGGCGCUCAAUUCCGUUGAGCACUAUGAGAAGCUCAAAGAGGCCUGGCUCCGCAUUCAGGAGAAGGAAUACACGCCGAGUACGACGAUCCAGGGUUGGCACGCCGAUCUGCCAGAUGCGCAGAUCAUCGAGGCAGGAUGUACCGGGCCAGAGAUGCGCGCUCCUUCCCUCUUCAUCUGCGCCUUGCCGCUAUCAGAUGUAAAGCGAUUGGGCGAGAGCUUCUUGGACAACCUCUGCCAGAACACGGAGGAAGUUGCUAGCUGUGCAAAGGACCAGACUCAGCAAAUUGCCCCUCCCGCAGUAUGUGGCGUGCUGCAGAUGAAGGCGUGGCAUGCGGCGCAGCUUGCGGAGUUCGAGAAGCUUCACGCUGCUCUGCAGCGGUUGGAGCAGAUCUUCAUUGUGCGCAUCUGGUCGCCGGAUGAGCGGAAACGGGUGGAGAAGAGCUUGCAUGCUGCGAAACUAGCCGUGGACGGACUCGAGGCCAUGAUCGACAUAGCGAAUGCUCAACGCAGCGUGCAAAGCACCAGGCGGGUAUCAUUCAUCAUGCCGAAGGAGUAGAUUCUGCCGGCGAUGACGUUCGGCAAUCAGGCUUACGAGGAGCGGAGCAUAGAUUAGAAAACGACCAGCAUUUCCAUUGAGCAAUUCCUUCUAUCAACAUAUCCGAUCGACUGAA